CUCUUCCACAUUCGAACUCGUUACCCCCUCUUGAGCCCCCACCAUGUUUAGAGUGACUGGAAUUCUAUCGGCGGCGUCAUCUCCGGCGGCAGCUUCUUUCUCCGCCGCUCUGAGACUCUCCGUUGUUCCCACUCUCGUUCUCGCAUCUCCUCCACAUCCCCGCUGGUUCUCGACAUUCUCCCGUUCAUUUCUCGGCGGACGGAAGCUCCAAUCACGCAUUCCUUCCCCGUACCAGAUUAGGCUCUCUGGCUUCUCAACUCUCAAAGCGAGAGCUUCGUUUAGCAGUGGGAGUAAUCCAACUAGAGAGAUUCUGGUGCAGCAUGUGCUUGUUAAGGAGGGUGAUUCUGAGCUCUUUGCGGAACUCCAGAAGAGAAUCUUGGAUGGUGAGGAUAUGAGUGAACUUGCAGCUGAGUACUCUAUUUGUCCAUCCAAAAAGGACGGUGGUUUACUUGGAUGGGUCAAACUAGGUCAAAUGGUGCCAGAGUUUGAGGAAGCUGCGUUUAAAGCAGAGCUGAAUCAUGUGGUGACGUGUAAAACCCAAUUUGGCUGGCACUUAUUGCAAGUUCUAUCUGAGAGGGAACCUGUGAAAGAUAUUCAGGUGGAGGAGCUGCAUUCCAAAAUGCAAGAUCCACUUUUCAUGGAAGAGGCUCAGUUAGUUGACGUCAGAGAACCUGACGAGAUAGCCAAAGCAUCCUUGCCUGGAUUUCAAGUGUUCCCACUCCGCCAAUUUGAAUCCUGGGCGCCAGAAAUCACUUCAAAGCUGAACCCUGACAAGGAUACAUUCGCCAUGUGUAAGGCUGGUGGCAGGUCGUUGAAUGUCGCAAACUGGCUGCUGUCUCAGGGCUUCAAGAGUGUGUACACUGUGGCUGGUGGUAUACAAGCCUAUUCUCUCAAGGUCGACCCUUCAAUUCCUACUUACUGAAACUAGAGCCUCAUCCUAUAAUUUUCUCUCUUUUUCUUGUAUUCUUAUACCAAAAUAAUUACAAAUCGUAUAUAAUAAAUUAUACAAUAUAGUGUUCAAAUUAGACAUUAUAAUAUA